GUCUCUCUGCUCCAACUUUCCAGAGAAAUCCUCUGCUCUUCCUUCUUUCCACCUUAUAUUUCUCCCUCUCUCCCCCUGUUCUUCUUGUUGAUCAAUCGAAUUCUGGUAAAUCAAAUUCGCAGAGGAAGAAACAAAAAAACAGCCAUGGGAGUCGACUAUUACAGCCUUCUGCAAGUCAGCAGAACAGCCACCGACGAUGAUCUGAAGAAAGCUUACAGAAAACUCGCCAUGAAAUGGCACCCGGACAAGAACCCGACCAACAAGAAGCAAGCGGAAGCGAAAUUCAAAGAGAUCUCAGAAGCUUAUGAGGUACUGAGCGAUCCUCAGAAGAGAGCUAUCUACGACCAGUACGGGGAAGAAGGGCUGAAAGGCCAGGUCCCGCCGCCGCCGGACGGUUCCGGUGUCGGCGGAGGAGGAGGGGCGACGUUCUUCUCCUCCGGAGGUGGGCCGACGUCAUUCCGGUUCAACCCGAGAAGCGCCGACGACAUUUUUGCCGAAUUCUUUGGAUUCUCGUCCGGUGGUGGUGGUGGUCCCGCCGGGAUGAGGACGAGCUCCAGGUCGUUCGGCGGCGGGAUGUUCGGCGGCGACGACAUUUUCGGUUCAUUCGGUGGCGACCGGACGGCGAUGAAUGCGGGUGGUCCUCGGAAAGCGGCUCCGAUUGAGAGGGCUUUGCCCUGCAGCCUCGAGGAACUGUACAAAGGGACUACUAAGAAGAUGAAGAUCUCUAGAGAAAUCGCCGAUGCUAGUGGGAAGACACUGCCUGUGGAGGAAAUCCUGACGAUUGACAUCAAGCCAGGAUGGAAGAAGGGGACGAAGAUCACUUUCCCUGAGAAGGGAAAUGAGCAACCAAACUUGAUUCCGUCGGAUCUCAUCUUCAUAAUCGACGAGAAGCCACACAGCACUUUCACCAGGGAUGGGAAUGAUCUGGUGGUGACGAAGAAGAUCCCGCUGGCGGAGGCCUUAACAGGCUGCACGAUCAACCUGACAACUCUAGAUGGUAGAACACUCAGCAUUCCGAUCAACAAUGUCGUCCACCCGGACUACGAGGAAGUUGUCCGCGGAGAAGGAAUGCCACUUCCGAAAGAGCCGUCGAGGAGGGGUAACCUGAGGAUCAAGUUCAAUAUCAAGUUCCCGGCGAGGUUGAAUGCUGAUCAGAAAUCUGGAAUCAAGAGGCUGUUGGGUUCGUCAUAUUAGUUACGCAGCUGGUUUUGUAUGUUGUUUGUGUAUACACCUUUUGUAUUAAACGAGUGAAUUUUUUCAGCGUUAAGAAAAGGACCUAUAAACUGGGAAUAUCACAUGUAUCAAAAAAGACGAUUGCCAUUUUCCAAUCAAUAAUGGAAUAGAGU